AUGACAAGCGGGGCUGUUGAGUUCUGGGAGCUGUAUAAGAAGGAUGGACUUAACUACAAGAAUAAAAAGCUCACAAACCAGGGCAAGAGUAGAGACAAUAUUAUUAACCGCAGCAUUAAUACAGGAGCAGCUUACGGUAUAUUGAACGCUAUGGCGUUCGGACUAAGCACGUACGCCAUAUUCUUGAGGUGGAAGGUUCCACAAUUCGUUCCAGGAUGGGCUAGUAUCUGGUUAUCUGCACUGGCCUUUCCAGGUCUGGAGUUGAGUGCUGCUCUUGGCGGAGAACUAAUGUAUAAAAAGGGUGUGGGCGUACAGAGAAUGGGCAAUGUAAGAGACGAGAAUAUUGUAGGUAUAGAGGAGUAUAAGGAGAAAAAGGUCCUGUAA